GGAUCAUAUCCAUCUUUUCAAGUUGUGCAGGAGCAAAACCGCGUGCAAGUGAUAGGCGAAAGUCAAUCUGUUUACGGAAAAGUUAAUUUGUCCGCUCUUCAUCUCAACCAAGAAGAACUUCUUGCAAGAAAAAUAGACGGCGUCAUAGCUUUGUUAAAGAGUAUGGACCCGUUGAUUGCGAGCCGCUUGUUUAUCGAGAUUGCUUGUAAAAGUGUAAGAAUGUGGGAUGACACUGCUGAGAAGCAAGAUACACCUCGCUUCAUUAGUCAGAGUGAUCUUUUCACUGGCGAUAGUGAAUUCCGAAGAACGUCGUCCACCUUAUCGCUGGUGUGUUUUUCGACAACUGCAAGAUGGUGA